AUGUUCUAAAAACGGUGGGCGGUAAGCCCAGCGGUGAAGACGGGGGAGGCAUAGUAGCUUAAGGAAAAUCGGUUCUGAAUGGUCAGAUACUUCUCCCAGAAGGAAAGGAAGGAAAGAACUCUCUAUAUAUUAGUCACCCUCUUUCCCAUUGAAUUCCAACCAGCCACGUAUUCUAUCACUCUGAGCUGCUUUUAUUCUCAUUGCUUUCACGAGAACUGAGAAGUGGAAGAAAUGGCGGACGGUGAAGCAAGCGUCACCGAGACAACCAACGGCGGUCCUCACGACUUUCGCUCGCUCCUCUCGGGAGAAGAUAGGGACUUUCUUGUCCGCAACAACGGGGAUCAGGUUAGAAUUGACAGCUUGGAGGGGAAGAAGCUUGGGCUUUAUUUUUCCGCAUCAUGGUGUGGCCCAUGUCGGCGAUUCACCCCAAGUUUUGUCGAGGUGUACAACGAACUCUCUCCAAAAGGUGAUUUUGAGGUCAUUUUUGUUUCUGCUGAUGAAGAUGAGGAGUCCUUCAAAGAUUACUUCUCCAAGAUGCCAUGGCUUGCAAUCCCAUUUUCUGAUUCAGGCAAACGUGAUCACUUGGAUGGAUUGUUCAAGGUUCAGGGGAUACCCCACCUUGUACUCAUUGAUGAAGAUGGGAAAGUUGUGAGUGACAAUGGAGUCGAGAUCAUUCAAGAAUAUGGAGUUGAAGGAUACCCUUUUACACAAGAAAAGAUCAAAGAAUUGAAAGAUCAAGAGGAAGCCGCCAGGAAGAAUCAAUCUUUGAGAUCUAUCUUGGUAUCCCGCUCACGGGACUUUAUAAUCUCAUCUGAUGGCAGGAAGGUGCCUGUCUCUGAACUUGAGGGGAAGAUAGUUGCUCUGUAUUUCUCAUUGUUCUCAUACAAGCCGUGCAGUGAUUUUACGCCAAAACUUGUUGAGGUUUAUGAAAAAUUGAAGGCAAAGGGAGAGAGCUUCGAGGUUGUGAUGAUACCACUUGAUGAUAAUGAGGAAUCAUUUAAUCAGGGUUUUGAAAGCAUGCCCUGGUUCUCCCUGCCCAUGAAGGACAAGAGCUGUGGGAAACUGGUUCGAUACUUUGAACUUUCAACCCUCCCCACUUUGGUUAUUAUAGGGCCAGAUGGAAGGACUCUACAUUCUAAUGUUGCUGAAACCAUUGAAGAACAUGGAGUUCUGGCAUACCCAUUCACCCCAGAAAAGUUUGCAGAGCUUGCUGAAAUAGAGAAGGCAAAAGAGGAAGCUCAAACCCUGGAGUCAAUUUUGGUUUUAGGGGAACGAGAUUUUGUCAUUGGGAAAGAUGGAGUCAAGAUUCCAGUGUCGGAUUUAGUUGGGAAGAACAUCCUCCUUUACUUCUCAGCACAUUGGUGCCCGCCUUGCCGUGCCUUUCUACCGAAACUUACGGAGGCAUACCACAAGAUCAAGGCAAAUGAUGAUGCUUUUGAAGUGAUUUUCAUCUCUAGUGACAAGGACGAUGCCUCCUUUAGUGAUUUCUUUUCAGGAAUGCCAUGGCUGGCACUUCCCUUUGGGGACCCGAGGAAAGCAUCAUUGAGUCGCAUGUUUAAAGUCUAUGGUAUCCCCAUGGUUGUAGCCAUUGGACCUAGUGGCCGAACUGUCACAAAAGAUGCUAGAGAUCUCAUUAUGAUGCAUGGUGCGGAUGCUUAUCCUUUCACUGAUGAGCGAGUGAAGGAGAUCGAGGAUGAUGAAGUCAAAGGGCCCAAGGAUGAUGAUUCUAAGGGAGAAGAAGAGAUCGAGGAUGAUGAAGUCAAAGGGCCCAAGGAUGAUGAUUCUAAGGGAGAAGAAAAUCCCAAAGAAGGGUGGGUCUGUGAUGGGGAUGUCUGCAAAAAAGCUUGAGAGUUCCGUUUCUGAAACUUUGAGAUGUUGAUCUUUGAUGAUGGCUUUUUCUUCUUCCUGAGCCGUUUUAUCGUGAUGCAAAUAAGAUUUCAUGGUAACCUGAUCCGUCCCGUGUGGCUUUGAAGUAUCUAUCUCAUCUGUAGUGCAUGUAAUAUAAUAUGAAUUUGGGUGUGCUAUUGUGUCGUAGAGAUCUAUCAUAAUAAAAUAAAAUAUCAUUUGACGCAAAAUUAAUGAAGUUGUGCAUGCUGUAGUUUUGUGCCUCAAA